AUGUUCUUCGCCCAUCACUCCUCCAAUUACUCUUCUCGACCUUCCUCUCGACCCGUCUCUCGCCCGGCCAGUCCUACACGGAGCAACACUCGCUCAUCUACCCUUUCCUCCAGCUCCCAGCCUACCUCUAUCCCUCCUCAUGCCGACACGUCGGAUCUCGAUUCGUACCUGGACGGACCUCCAGCGGCAGGCGCGGUACCCGCGUAUGGUCCAUACACUCCUACGUCAGAGAUGAGUUGGAACUCCCACAUGUCUUCCGGCGCCAACACCCCCGGCGGGAGCUUCCACGGCUCCCAUGGCGGAGGGCAUCACGCCCACCACAGUCUGGAGAUCGUGCUGGACUCGGAGAAUUUGGUGAUGCGGGGUGCGGGCGGAGAUAUGAAUCCGGCGUACCUGUCAGGAAGGGUAGAGCUGGAUUUGACGGAGAGCAUGAACAUCAAGGAGAUCAGCAUGAGCUUGGCCGGGAAGGCAAAGGUGCAGUUUACGGAUACCGUACAGUCCAAAAGCCACCAUCACACCCACGCGCUCGUACACCACGACUGGUCCUUCCUCGAAGGGGACAAGCGGCACAACCACACCCUCAAAGCUGGCCACCACAGCUUCCCAUUCCAGCUCAUGAUCGACUCUGCCCUCCCCUCGUCUAUCCAAACCUUCGCCGGUGAAGCGCUCAUCCAAUACAAGCUGCGCGCGACUGUCGUCCGGCCCGGUUUCACCGCACACAAUAUUGUUGCUACCAAGAUGUUCGACCUACAGCGGACGUACACACCGGACGCACUGGAGUUCAAUCAGACGCUCGAGAUUGAGAAUACAUGGCCUGGGAAGGUCAUGUACUCGCUUACCCUGCCGUUCAAGGCGUAUGCGGCUGGAGACGAGAUCCCGGUGCAGGUCAAGUUCAUGCCGCUGGCCAAGGGGGUGCGGGUCACGGCGGUGACGAGCCAAUUGAAGGAGUAUACGCAGGUGCAGACAAGGCACUCGUCGCAUAGCGAUACGAGGGUGGCGGCUGGGUGCAAGCAUGAGUUCAGGGAGGGGAGGGCGGUGCAGGUCUCGGAAGAGGCGCUAAAGCCGCCGACGCACUCGCUCGCGCGGUGGCAGGGCGUGCAGGUACGACGGGCGUCUACCGCAAUCGGGAUGGGAAACGCAGCGGCGGGACCCAGCUCGGCGGUCGAUCCGGCCAAUAUGACGGACGAGGAGGUGGCUGCUGCAGCGUCGGCGGACGUGAUGCACGGGGAUGACGAGGUCAACACCAUCUUUUCAAUCUUCGUCCCUCCCUGGGUCACACCUACACAUACCGUCCACCCUGUCACCGUCACCCACAAGCUCAAGUGGUCGUGUACCAUCACCAAUCCGGAUGGACACAUCUCGGAGCUCCGGUGCGCUCUCCCCAUCAUCAUUCUCAACCACUCCCUACUCGACGAGGCUCGGUCGGCCGGCGCCAACACCCGCGCUCUGCUCCUUGGUGAGACGGUGGACGAGGCGCAAAACGUGGAUCUGCCUAGCUACUCGAAUCACGUCUACGAUCGAGUAGCGGCGGACUCUGGCCCAGCUACAGGCUAUACAUCCCGCUCGAGCCGCACGCCCACUGGCACGCAUACCCCUGCGUCGGCGACCCCACCACACUCUCGUCCCGUUUCUCGGCCCCCAUCUCGUCCCGCGUCUCCCGUCCGCAGAGAGAGCAUGAUCCACGAUCCCAUCCCUGGCAAUCCCCCUCGUCGAGAGCUGUCCUUCGAGGCAGACUCUGAGCUUCUUCGCGCUCUCGGGGCGCUGGAAGCCCACUCCUCCCCUAGCCCAUCUGCUACUCCCGCCGGAUCCCGCGGCCCUUCGCGUCCCAUCUCCCGUCGUGGUUCAUUCACGCGAUCCGGCCGAUCGUCCAAUGUCAACUCGCGUCCCGGAUCCCGCGCUGCCAGUCCAGACAGAUCACACCCCUCCUCCCUCUCUGGAUCGUACGCAGAUGACUCGCAUGUCCGCCCGGGCCACGGAAACGAACGGCGGAGUACUGGUCUCGCGGCUCGACUGCACCUUCCUAACGCCUUCAAACCCCUCAAACCACUCUCUGCCCGCCCAAUCCUCCGCAACGACUCGGACGCCAGCAUUCCUCGGAACGCCUCCUCACCCGCCCUCACUCCUGGCGGCGGACACGUCUCCUUCCACCCCAAGACGGCUCGACAUGACGGUCGGCGACUACUCGGGACAGGUGGGGGAUACUUUGGCGGAGGAGGACGGUCGAGUGGGAGUGGUAGCGGAGCGGGAUUCCACCUGGCUUCAGACUCACCAGGCCCAGGUACGCCUGACGGAGCGGACGGCGGGGACACACCACCGGCGAUGGACCCGAUCAGUCAGGUGCCGUGCUACGAUAUAGCGCUGAGGGGGUUCGCGUCGGACAUGGCCAAUGGUCCGCCGACGUAUGAUACGAGUAAUCAGCUGGAGGAGACGGCGAGGACAAAGAGCGAGGUGGAUCUGGAGGCGCUGCAGAGGACGAGGAGCGAUACGGCUUUGAUGGAUCUGGCGGCGGGGGAGCCUAUAGACCCGGCAGAGGAGGAGCGGGCGGGGCAUAGUUGA